UAAACUUGUCCGGGAAUGAAAUACAAGUGUUUUGUUGUGAGGAUAUUAUUUAACUGCUAAAGUUAAAACUAGUGUUUAUAAAAUAACAGCGCGAGCCACAGUAUUUCGGAAAAAAAUGACUAAUUUGUUAAAAAUAUUUGUCCUGCUAUUAUUUUUGGAACUUUUAUCUGCACAAAUUUCAACACUGGUGGAAACUCAUUUGGGCAAAAUUCGUGGUUCUCUAAUGAAAACAGAAAAAGGUUCCGAUUUCAUAGGAUUUCGAGGAAUAAAAUAUGCUGAACCUCCGAUUGGUGAAAACCGUUUUAAACCCCCCAUUGCUAUAAAACCGUGGUCUGGUGAACUAAAUGCCACUACUGAUGGCUUUAUGUGUCCCCAAGUGGGAAAACCUAUGCAUCUUCUCUCAGAAGAUUGCCUCGUUAUCAAUGUUUAUACGAAGCACUCCAAUAAAAAUCAAUCAGUUGUAGUUUUCAUACAUGGUGGAGCAAAUAUCUAUGGAAAUAGUCAUAGUGAACAUGGAGCUGGGCCUGAGUUCCUCAUGGAAAAUGAUAUUGUUUUUGUGACAAUGAAUUACCGUUUGGGACCAUUUGGUUUUCUAACAACUCGAACAAAAGAAGCCCCGGGAAACUAUGGCUAUUUGGAUCAAGUAAUGGCAUUAGAGUGGGUUCACGAUCAUAUAUCGAAAUUCGGAGGAAAUCCAAGAUCGGUUACAAUAUUCGGAAUAAGUUCAGGAUCAAUUUAUGUAAGUCUCCAUUUGGUGUCGCCACGUUCGCAAGGUUUAUUUCAUAAGGCAAUUAUUAUGAGUGGAUCAGCAACGGCGGAUUAUGAGUUCGAUAAUUUACAUUGGGGCCGAAAGCUAGCUCGUGAGUUGGCAUGCCCGAUUUACAAUCCCCCCGAUGUCUUAGAUUGCUUGAGAAAAUUACCAUGGACGACGAUUGUCAGUGUUGCUAGUUCGUGGGAUUUCUUUAAUAUGACAGAUAUGAAAUGGAGCUAUCAAAUUGAUGGACAUUUUUUGACAAAGCCUCCUACUGUUACAUUUGCCGAGGGAAAUUUCAGCAAAAUCCCAAUUUUAACAGGGCUAACCAAAGAUGAGUACACUUUUAUGUUUAAUAUUCACGAAAAUAACUCGGGGCUAUUGAAUGAUAUUACUUUGAAUUUCGCAAAAUAUGCUCCAAAGUUUUUUGUUCAUAAUUUCGAUGAUCCAAAAAUUGAUAAAACUAAAAUCGUUCAAUCGUUUUAUUUAGGAAAUCAAUCUCUUGCGAAGCAGAAAUUAUCAAACUUUGGUAAAAUUUUUUCUGACUCAAUGGCCAAUUACAGUAUUAAUAGGUUGGUGCAGCUAGCUCGAAAGUUUGUCGAUGUUUAUUAUUAUCGUUUCGACUACUUGGGUAGAUUUGGAGUUUUUGAAAACUGGGAAGGUAAACCACUGGGAGUGAAUCAUGCUGAUGAUCUUCAAUAUAUUAUCAAGAGAAGAAUGUUAAGAAAAACAAUUAAUCCAAACGAUCCCGAGUGGUUUAUGGUAACACGUAUGGUGAAAGUUAUAACAACAUUUGCUGAAACUGGUUCACCGGAGUUAGACGGAGUGAAAUGGCUGCCUUCUAAUAAGACUGCCGUAAAUACCAUGUAUAUUGGAAGAAAGGUAAAGUUAGGUUUUGAACCUUUAAAGGAACGAUUACAACUUUGGGACAAACUAUUUCCAGUGGAAAUAAGUAGCGCACCAGCAGAGCAGGGACCAAUAAUUUAAAAUUUUUAUGUGGGUUAAUUUUUCUCAUGAAUUAUAUCCUUUGCAUUUAUAAAUCAAUAAGAUGGUAAUACAUUUUUGAAGGAAAAAAGUUAGAAAAAAAGAUUCACAGACUCUUCAAUUUGAUAUAGUCAUAUAGCUUUAUAGCAAUUACAGUGUAGACAAGAGGACGUAAUUAAAAUAUGGAAAAUUUAUCAGCCACAUGGGUUAAAGUUAGGACUUCGAAUUAUAUAACCUUAUAGUAUUAUAGCAACUCUAUGUCAAGUUUUGCAUUCGUAAAUAAUUUCGAACUCCAGAUUUUAAUUUUUAAAAUAUGCCAUAACGAUGGUAGAGAAGUCGAAAACAGUUGGUACCCGAUUCUGUCCGUCUGUUUGUCGUCGUUUGAUCAAAAACCGAAAAUUUGAAUUUUCCCAAAAACGAACAUUCUUUGAACAGAAAAUAAAAUGUGUGUUGUACGAGAGAGGUACCCCCCCCCCCCCCCAAUAUAA